GAAUAUACUAUUGCUUGGUUUUGCAUUAUUUCGUAUUCUGUAGCUAAAGACACCGAACUUUGUACUGAUAAGGAGUUCUUAAGAUCACAAACAACGUGGAUCCUUACGCAAUGAGGACACUGCUUUUAUCGACAUUUUUGAUCGGUCUAGUCUAUGGCGACGAACUGCAGAACUGCCCCCCGAACCUGCACCGAUCCACAGCUCUAAGAACUUACAAUGGACAUUGUUAUGAAUUUAUGAUCCAUCGACAUGUACAAUGGCGUGAAGCAGAAAAUGACUGCGGCUCCAAAGGGGGAACACUGGUUGUGAUCAACAACAUAGAGGAACAAUAUUUCAUGAUGUCUGCCUUAAGGUCAUUUCCGUUUAACGGCCAGGGUGUUUGGAUUGGAUUGACUGAUACUCAACAAGAAGGAAAAUUCGCUUGGGUUUCUGGGGAGGCAACAUCCUUCACAUACUGGGCCCCGGGACAACCAGGAUUGAUAGCAAACAUUGGCAGGAAACGUUUCAUACUGGAUUCCUUACCUUUACCGAUCCAUCUAGUGGAUGAAGACUGCGUGUUGUUGAAGUACACCGACUCUGGUCAUUGGCAUGAUUACCCCUGUGCAAAAUUAGAUCUCAUUGGUCUAGUGUCGGAAAACUUCCCUUAUGUCUGUGAAUACAAGCAAAUACCCAGACCGACCACCACUACCACAGUAGGAACGCCACAGACUAUGAGGCCAUCUACACCUAGUCCUACCACCAUUCCCACCACCACUCUCCCCACCACCACAUUGCCUUCGACAACAACCCCAGAACCCGACAUCGUCCCUACCACAACGUCAGCGUCUGCUUCAGGUUCCGUGGGCGAACUCGUUAUAGGCUGAAAGUGAUGACGUAAUAUGAUGUUCACGUACUUAAUAAAAUCAAGUUAUAAAUACA